UGUCACUCAAGCGAAAAUGUCAGUCUCAGUAGAGAACAAAAAGAGCAGCGCUCCGGAUCCAAAUGGAGAUGAACUUGUUCUGUUCGUAAAUGGGAAAAAGAUAAUUGAGAGAAAUGCAGAACCAGAGAUGACCCUCCUAACAUUCCUCAGGAGAAAACUGGGUCUGACUGGCACCAAACUGGGCUGUGCUGAAGGAGGAUGUGGAGCCUGUACAGUGAUGGUGUCCAAAUUCCAUCCGCACCAGAACCGGGUCCUUCACCAUGCAGUGAACGCGUGUCUGGCUCCGAUCUGCUCCCUGCAUCACUGCGCAGUGACCACUGUGGAAGGCAUCGGCAGCGUGGCCCGCAAAGUCCAUCCCGUUCAGGAGCGCAUAGCUAAAGCACACGGUUCACAGUGUGGUUUCUGUACCCCUGGCAUUGUCAUGUCCAUGUAUGCUCUUCUGAGGAACAAGUCUAUCCCAACAAUGCAUGACAUCGAGGAAGCCUUCCAGGGUAAUCUGUGUCGUUGCACUGGAUACAGGCCAAUCUUAGAAGGAUAUAAGACGUUCACUAAGGCAGGAGGUUGCUGUGGAGGGAAAGGAAGAGAAAAUGGAUGCUGCAUGACGAAUGGACACAAAGAAGAACACGUGAACGGGACCUCCAUUCCUUCUGUCCAGCCACUGUAUGACCCUUCCGAAUUCAUGCCACUGGACCCAACACAAGAAAUCAUAUUUCCCCCUGAGCUCAUGAGUUUAGGUAAACAGACUGAGAGAGUGUUGCGAUUCGUUGGAGAGCGUGUCCUUUGGAUUCAGCCUAACACUCUGGACGAACUUCUGGACCUGAAAGCCACUUAUCCAGCCGCCAAACUGGUGGUGGGGAACACAGAAGUUGGUAUUGAGAUGAAAUUUAAGAAUUUACUGUAUCCUGUUAUAUUAGCCCCUGCGCACAUCCCAGAACUCAACAGUGUCGAAUACACGGAGGAUGGGAUUGUGUUUGGGGCCUCCUGCACCCUGACGUUGCUGGGUGAGGUCCUAUCCGCCGAGGUGGAGAAAUGCCCUCGUCAUGAAACCGAAGUGUUUAAAGCCGUCCUGGAGCAGCUGCGUUGGUUCGCCGGGAAGCAGAUCCGAAACGUCGCGGCUGUGGGCGGUAACAUCAUGACUGCGAGUCCCAUAUCCGACCUCAACCCAGUGUUCAUGGCAGCGGCAUGCAAGUUAACCCUGAUGUCCAAAGGAGGGAAACGUGUCCUUCAGAUGGAUGACAAGUUCUUCACAGGGUACAGGAAAACUGUGCUGAAACCCGAGGAAAUUCUGCUGUCGAUAGAAAUCCCUUUCACUAGAAAGGGCCAAUACUUCUCUGCCUUUAAGCAAUCUCCUCGUAGAGAGGACGACAUCUCCAUCGUUACCUGUGGGAUGAACGUGGUAUUCCAGGAGGGCUCGAACACGGUGAAAGAUCUUCAGCUCAGUUAUGGAGGCAUGGCCCCCGUCACCAUCCUGGCCAAAGACACGUCCAAGAAACUGAUUGGAAGACAGUGGACUGAGGAACUCCUGCAGGAGGCUUGCUCCUUAUUGGCUGAUGAGAUGACCCUUGCUCCCUCCGCCCCCGGUGGGAUGGUCACCUACAGAUGCACUUUAACCAUCAGUCUUUUCUUCAAGUUUUUCCUCACUGUCCAACAGAAACUGGCCCAGGAUCUGAAGGAGAAGGGCAUAUGUGUGGAAGAUGUCAGACCUGAUUACAUCAGCGCUACAGAGAUUUUCCAGUCUGAAACUCCAUCCAGUGUCCAGCUCUACCAGGCGGUGCCUCCUGGGCAGAGCAGCGACGACGUGGUCGGCCGUCCCAUCAUGCACCUGUCUGCCCUGAAGCAAGCCACGGGAGAGGCGAUGUACUGUGAUGACAUCCCCUGCUAUGAGAAUGAACUCCAUCUGGCACUGGUCACCAGCACCAAGGCACACGCCUACAUCAAGUCUAUUGAUGUAACGGAUGCCAUGGCCAUGCCUGGAGUUGUGUCGUUUAUUUCCGCCGAAGACGUUGCCGGUAGCAACAUGACGGGACCCGCGGUCUGCGAUGAGACCGUCCUCGCAGACAAAAUGGUCACAUGUGUGGGUCACAUAGUGGGAGCGAUUGUGGCAGACACACAGGCUCAUGCUCAGAGAGCUUCCAAAGCAGUCAAGAUCUCAUACGAAGAGCUCAAACCAGUCGUCACCAUCCAGGAAGCGAUUGAGAACGAAUCCUUUUAUGAGCCUGUGAGAACUCUGCAGAGGGGAGAUGUUGCACAAGGAUUUAGAGAAUCAGACCACAUUUUACAAGGAGAGAUGCACAUUGGUGGUCAAGAACAUUUCUACUUGGAGACCAACUGCACACUGGCUGUGCCCAAAGGAGAGGAUGGAGAGAUGGAACUGUUUGUGUCGACACAGUCAGCCUCAAAGACACAAUCCCUGGUGGCCAAAGCCCUGGGUGUGCCAGCCAGCAGGAUCGUCUGCAGGGUGAAGAGGAUGGGGGGGGGAUUCGGAGGGAAGGAGAGCAGGAGCACCAUCCUGUCCACGGUGGUCGCCGUGGCCGCACAAAAGGUGAAAAGACCAGUACGUUGCAUGUUGGAUCGCGAUGAAGACAUGUUAGUUUCAGGGGGCCGACACCCGUUUUUCGGACGUUACAAGGUGGGAUACAUGAAGAAUGGCAGAGUUAAGGCUCUUGAAGUGACCUACUAUAGCAAUGCAGGAAACUCCAUGGACCUGUCACUAUCAAUCAUGGAGCGUGCUCUGUUCCACAUGGAGAAUUCCUAUAAUAUUCCGAACAUCCGAGGAACUGGAUACAUGUGCAAAACCAACCUGCCGUCCAACACGGCGUUCCGUGGAUUCGGUGGCCCUCAGGGAAUGAUGGUGGCGGAGAGCUGGAUGACUGAUGUGGCUCUGAGCUGCAGAUUACCUGCUGAGGAGGUGCGGAAGCUGAACAUGUACAAACAGGGUGACGUGACGCCUUUUAACCAGGUGCUGGAGCAGUUUACCAUAGACCGGUGCUGGGAGGAGUGUGUGGCUCUCUCAAACUUCAGCCAGCGCAAAGCUGCUGUAGAUCAGUACAACAAACAGCACCGGUGGACAAAACGAGGACUGGCUAUCAUCCCAACCAAGUUUGGAAUCAGCUUUACAGCUGUCUUCCUUAAUCAGGCGGGGGCGCUGGUUCACGUGUACACUGAUGGUUCUGUGCUACUGACCCAUGGAGGAACGGAGAUGGGACAGGGACUACACACCAAAAUGGUGCAGGUGGCCAGUAGAACUCUGGGUAUUCCCAGUUCUAAGAUCCAUAUCACAGAGACCAGUACCAACACAGUGCCCAACACCAGUCCCACUGCUGCGUCCGCUUCCUCGGACCUGAACGGCAUGGCUGUCUACAAUGCUUGCCAGACACUUCUGCAGAGACUUGAGCCAUACAAAACCAAGAACCCCAAAGGAUCCUGGGAAGACUGGGUGAAAGCUGCCUAUUUUGACAGAGUCAAUCUAUCAGCCAAUGGGUUCUACAAGACUCCAGAUCUGGGUUAUGACUUUGAGACCAACUCGGGAAGACCGUUUAAUUACUUCAGUUACGGAGUUGCCUGCUCUGAGGUGGAGAUUGACUGUCUGACGGGCAGUCACAAGAAUCUUCGCACCUUCAUUGUGAUGGAUGUCGGCAAGAGUCUGAACCCAGCGCUGGAUAUUGGUCAGGUUGAAGGUGCAUUCAUGCAGGGUGUUGGUCUCUUCACCCUGGAGGAGCUGCGGUACUCUCCUCAGGGCUAUCUGUACACGCGUGGGCCUGGUAUGUACAAGAUCCCUGCCUUUGGAGAUAUUCCCACGGAGCUCAGCGUGUCUCUGCUCAGAGAUGCUCCAAAUGAAAAGGCCAUCUUCUCCUCAAAGGCGGUAGGAGAGCCACCUCUCUUCCUGGCAGCCUCUGUGUUCUAUGCCAUUAAAGAUGCCAUCACUGCUGCCAGAUCAGAGUCUGGUCUGACCGGCCCGUUUCGCCUGGACAGCCCUGCCACCCCGGAGAGGAUACGCAACGCCUGCGAGGACUCCUUCACCAAACUGUGCCCGCCUGCCGAGCCUGGAAGUUUUACUCCGUGGGCGGUACAGGCGUAAAACAUCGAAAGGCAAGAGAUGAAACGUCAGAUCUUUCUCCUGUGUGAACCUGUCAGCGGCACACAGUGGAAACAUGUUCCCCGCUGAGGUUGCCUGGUUUAAUACACAAAGCAUAUAAUGUUUUACCCACUGACUGCCAAAGCAAGUCAUGCAAUUUACAGUGAUUUUUCAAAGUGUUCUUUAAAAAAAAAGAAAAAAAAAAAAGUACAGUGUGACACAAGCGGGUCCCAGUCUUUUUACUAUAGGACUAAAACCAUGUAGACAUAUGAAGGUAUCGGUAUUUCAAAAUGAUAGUCAAGGCCUUUUGUCUGGGCACUUUAAAUUAAAUGUUUAUUGAGAGGACUAUAAAGAAAAAAUUUUAAUAAUUGUUAUUUGAUUCUGCCAUCUCAAUGAUGAUCACGCCAUGUUAUAUUUGUACUGUAAUCAUUUUAAAUUAUUAAGAAUGUGGAGGUCAGGAGAUGCAGAAUAAACUGUACCAAAGCUUCA